CGUUUCUGGACAGAGGUAAACAGGCAACUCCGAGAGCGUGGUGCUUAUAUCAAUGCAAGAACAAAUUCCGACUCGCUGCCAUUUGAAAUCCCCCUUUCUCGUCAAGAAGUCAUAUCGGUGGCUACACAACUAAGCGUCUGCACUGUAUCCCCCGUCAUAACGCCCUUGGGUCUUUAGCGCAAGAUACUCGCGAGGCGUGAUCGCUUGCGAUGGCGCCUCCUAGAGCAGAGGAUGUCCUGGCUAGACUGCAGUCCCUCAGCGAUGAUCAGGAAAUCUCCAUCUUGAAGCUUAGCGAGCCUAUAGUUGUAGCAGUGACGCAGUUGCAGGAUCCCCACCAGCGAACAUCAGACAUCUCCACCUCCUCCCUCGACGCGACGACGCCGUCCUCCCUAGAAGCCGAUCUCACCCAUUAUCGGGAGCUCUUCGCCAAGCUUCGGUUCAGCUACGUCGAGCAAGUCACCAAGGAGAAGUUCAUCCGCGCCAUCGUAGGCGACCCGCCUCUCAUCGUCACCCCGCAAGAAAAUGCGGAUCUCGAGAAGGAGAAUCUGGAGGCGAAAGCGACGCUUAAAGCGCUAAAGACGGAGGUCGCCGGCAUGGUCGCCGACCUCGAGAGCAAGGCGCGUGAAUUGAGCCGGAAGUACGAGAAAGUGAAGGUCGAGAAGGUCAAGUUAGGGGAGCUCCCCGGCAAGAUCAGGGACCUCGAGAAUGCGGUCGCCGAGUUGAGGGCGACGCGGGCGACGGGGUCGAGCCCGAACCCCGAGUUGAACUUACCGCUGGGCAAGACAUUGGAUCUCGUCGAGUCGAAGAAGCGCCAGAGGGCGGAGCUGGACCGGCAAUUAGAGCAGUUGCAGAGCCAAGUCCCGAGGAAGAAGAAGGAACUCGAGCGACUGCAGGCCGAAUUGCAGCCUCUGGAGACGAAGCGGCAGAACAGCAUGGCCGCAGCAAAAGAGGCCAAGAGGCGGAAAGAGGCCGCGCUCGGCGGCGUCGAGGACGAUCUCGAAGAGAGAGGCCGCUUUUUCCGAGCCUCGGAGGCGACCUUACAACAGAUGUUGGAUAUCGGAGGUUGAGCACCAUCGCUGUUGUUUAGUGCUCAUGAACGAGGGAGAGGGGCGGAUGAGGGGUGUAUGCUUCGAGACAUACGAUUUGGCCCUACUAGGGCAUUUUGAUACCCGUGUAUUGCGACGAGGCACGACACACUGGCGACAAUGGCGCAGGCUGGCUAGAGGAUACGCGGAAAUAUUUACCCUAUUUCGGCGAAGCAAGAGAGGUGGUGACGAAGUGUGACGUGUGAAAAAAUUGAUAGGCUCUUUAGAAGCACUACGAGGCAUCCCUAAAGAAUCCAUUUGGGUCUUCAUAUCCUCUCGGAGACCCGGGAUUUCCUAAUGGUGGGAUAUGAUCUACGGGAGAGUCUAGGUAGAAUCGGAGAUGAGACGAACGGCA